AUGAGACCCACCAGAGUACUGGCGGCUCUGUUCCUUGUGCUAGCUCUGUACUGUGGGCUUGACCCUUUUAAGCACAGUGCGAUUGUGGACUUCCCGGACUUCGAAGCCUAUAAGGUGGACAUGCCCUCUUGGUCCUCGGUUCCUACAGAGAGAGACCCCGAGAACCUUCUGCAGAAAUCGGAGAUUAAGUUUCUGAACCAAGUGCAAGGCCCUGAGAGCGUCGCCUUUGACCCACUUGGCCGUGGACCUUACGCGGGUGUUGCUGAUGGCAGAGUCUUGUUCUGGAAUGGCCAGUCUUGGACUGAUUUUGCCUAUACUUCGCCUCAUAGGUCAGAUAUAUGUAGUCCAAAACCAUCGCCUCUGAGUUACUUGAAGAAUGAGCACAUCUGUGGAAGACCUUUGGGGCUUCGCUUUGACAAGAAAACUGGUGAUUUAUACAUUGCAGAUGCAUAUUUUGGGCUGUUGAAGGUGGGGCCAGAAGGUGGUUUGGCAACUCCACUAACAACUGAGGCAGAAGGGGUGCCAUUAAGAUUUACUAAUGAUCUAGACAUUGAUGAAGAAGGGAAUGUUUAUUUUACAGAUAGUAGCACCACAUACCAGAGGAGGAACUUCAUGCAGUUGGUUUUCUCUGCAGAGGAUACUGGGAGGGUCCUAAAAUACAACCCAACCACAAAGGAGACCACUGUUCUUGAGAAGAAUCUCCAAUUCCCAAAUGGUUUGUCUCUAAGCAAGGAUGGUUCCUUCUUUGUUUUUUGCGAAGGAGCCAUAGGCAGAUUACGCAAGUAUUGGUUGAAAGGUGAAAAAGCAGGAACUUCAGAAGUAUUUGCCGUGCUGCCUGGAUUUCCUGACAACGUCAGAACUAAUGAAAAUGGUGAUUUUUGGGUAGCAGUCCAUUGUCGCCGGAAUCUGUACACUCAUCUUUGUGCUUUAUUCCCUCAAAUAAGGAAAUUCCUACUCAAGCUUCCAAUUUCAGCAAAGAUUCAGUUCCUGAUUCACAUUGGGGGCCGACCCCAUGCAGUCGUUGUGAAGUACAGCCCAGAGGGCAAGAUUUUGCAGAUAUUGGAAGAUAGUCAGGGUAAGGUUGUUAAGGCUGUCAGUGAAGUGGAAGAAAAGGAUGGAAAAUUAUGGAUGGGGAGUGUUCUGAUGCCCUUCAUUGCAGUCUACAACUUAGCUUGA